AUGUCGAGAGAUAUUGUAACACAUUUUGUUCGUUUCUCUUCUAUCAAAUAUAAAAUUGUUCAUGAAUCUUUUAUUGUACUUCAAACUGUUGAUCCUGAAAAAAAUAUCAGAAAGAAGAAAAACUCAGUCGUCUUAACCAAAAAGGUAAAAAAUUUUAAAGAUAUGGGUAUAACGAUUUAUAAGGAUGAAGUGAAACUUUUACAAAAUUUUAAACAAUAUAUUUUCAAAAAAGGUAAAAAGAAGAAAUUAGAAAAAAUUAUUAAAGAUGUUGAUAUUUUAGUUAAUGAUUGUAUAACACAAAUUGAAGAAUAUAAACUAAAAUAUCAGCCACAAUCUCCUUCUAUUUAG